AUGGCCGACUUUGGCCAUUCCUCUGAGCUGGCCUUCGUGGUGGAGCCUAGCGAUGACAUCGCGGUGCAGGAGCAGCCCUUGAUCCUUUACUGCCAGGUGGAGGGCAUCCAGCCCAUCACCAUCACGUGGCGGAAGAACGGCGUGAUGAUUGUGGACAGUGAGAAUGCCUUCGUGUUGGCCAACGGGUCGCUCUACGUCUCCCGCUUCCAGAGGGUCCGGGGCGAUGGGUCUUCAGAUGAAGGCGAGUAUGACUGCGUGGCGCAAAACCACUACGGGCUGGUGGUCAGCCGGAAGGCCAGGAUUCAGGCAGCAACAAUGUCUGACUUCCACAUCCACCCUCAGAAUGCAGUGGUAGAGGAAGGAGGUGUAGCCAGAUUCCAGUGCCAGAUCCAUGGCUUGCCCGAGCCAGUCAUCCUCUGGCAGAAGAACCGCAUGCCGGUCAACACAGACAAUGAAAGGUACACGCUACUUCCCAAGGGAGUCCUCCAGAUUACAGGACUGAGGGCAGAAGACAGUGGGAUUUUUCAUUGUGUUGCUACCAAUAUUGCUAAUGUGAAGUUCAGCCGGGAGGCCAGGCUCACCGUGUCAGGUUCCCACUCCACCGUUUACAAGGACCCCAUGAUUCUCGUUGGCCCGGAGAACCUGACGCUGACUGUGCACCAGACGGCGGUGCUGGAGUGCAUCGCCACCGGCAACCCCCGCCCCAUCGUCUCCUGGAGCCGCCUAGAUGGCCGCCCGAUUGGUGUGGAGGGGAUCCAGGUGCUGGGGACAGGAAACCUGAUGAUCUCAGACCUCACAGUGCAGCACUCUGGCAUCUACGUGUGCGCUGCCAACAAACCGGGCACGCGGGUGCGAAGGACAGCACAGGGCCGGCUCGUGGUGCAAGCCCCUGCAGAGUUUGUGCAGCAUCCCCAAUCGAUAUCCAGGCCUGCAGGGACAACUGCCAUCUUCACAUGUGUAGCCCAGGGUGAACCACCACCACAGAUCACUUGGCUGAGGAAUGGGCAGAUACUGGAGACCAGCGACCACAUUAAGCUGAAGAAUAACAACAGCACUCUCUCCAUCUAUGGGAUCAACCAGGCAGAUGAAGCCAUCUACCAGUGCAUUGCCGAGAACAGUGCCGGCUCCACGCAGGCCAGCGCCCGCCUGACGGUCCUGUGGGCAGAUGGGCUGCCCGGGCCUCCCCAGAGCGUGAAGGCUGAGACAGUCUCUGCGACCACCAUCCAGGUGUCUUGGAAAGAACCUCUGCAGAACACCAAGGAGAUCAUUGGCUAUGUGCUGCACAUCCGGAAAGCCGCAGAUCCAGUAGAGAUGGAGUAUCAGGAGGCUGUCAGCAAGAGCACCUUCCAGCAGCUAGUGACAGAUUUAGAGCCCUCGACCAGCUAUAGCUUUUAUAUCAAGGCCUACACCUCCCGGGGGGCCAGCAAAGCCUCCGAAGUCACCGUGGUGAGCACGCUGGGAGAAGUCCCAGCCAUGCCGUCCCUCUUUAUCAAAGUCAUUAAUAGCACGACUGUCCAGGCGACGUGGGAACCCUCCAUCAAGCUGGGCCAGCACGAAGGCUUCAAGCUGUAUUACCGCAAGGUCCACCUCUCCCAGUACACUGGGCCGGUGCUGCUGCCCAGCAACGUGACAACCUACAACAUUACCCAUCUGGAUGCAUCAGUGGUGUAUGAAGUGAAGCUCCUUGCCUAUAACCAGCAUGGGGAUGGAAACGCAACGAUCCGCUUCGUGUCCUUGAGGGAGACUGUGGAGAGGACAGUGCUGAAUCCCCCGUGUGACUGCAUGAAGGACGAGCAGAACAAUAAAACCUCCGCAACCGGCAUCAUCAUCGGGAUCCACAUCGGUGUCACCUGCAUCAUAUUCUGUGUCCUCUUCCUCAUGUUUGGGUACAGAGGAAGGCUGCUGAUGUGCAAAAAUGUGCAGGAGCAGCUGUCGACCCCACAGGUCCCCAGGAGCCAGCGGAUUGUCACCGGCCUCGCCCUGAACGGGGCUGCACGCAGGGACAGGGACGACCGAGACUUGAACGGAAAGCAGCUGGAUAUGAAUGAGCUGGAGAGAUUAUUCCCAGCAUCCCCAUCCCAGGAGCAGCAGGAUAAGGGAAUAACGUCGGCUCACAGCUCCCCAGGCCCCCACAGUGACACCCAGAUAACCACACUCCCUCUGGACGAGUUCAGCAUCAUCGAGGAGCACCCAGACCCCCUCCCAAAGAGCCCCCCCAGCAGCAGCCCCACGGCUCCAGCUCCCGACCAUGGUCCCACCAAUGAAGGAUAAAACUGCCAAGACUCAAACCCUCUUGUAGGAGUUACCAGA